UGCUGGAUGCAGUAGUUGGCUACAGCAAGAGUGGGAUUGCUGUGAUGUAUGCAGCUGGUGCACUCACAGCUAAGGAAGUCAUUACCACAUCGUGGAAGCGAGAGAUGGCAUCUCAGAAGCCGAAAAAGGCCGGGGGCAUGGCGGUGAUUGGCCUGAGUGCAGAGGAAGCGUCCCCGCUGUUAUCUGCCGGCAUAGUCGUGACUUGCGAGGACUCUCCCAAGAGCGCAAUAAUUUCUGGAGAUGCAAAGGAAAUUCAGAAACCCGUUGAGCACACUCGAGAGAGCCACUCUGAUAUAGGAGCGCGAGUGCUAAAGGUCGACAAGGCCUACCACUCUCAUCACAUGAGCGAGACUGGCAGCGAAUAUCACGCCAUGAUUCAGCCACAACUGGAGGACAAAUCGCCUCUCAAACUCUCCUUUUUCAACGUAACGGGGGACAAAAUAAAAGAACACCUACAUGACUUGUACUAACAAAAGAACCUCGAAACUCCUGUAUUCUUCAGGUCAGCCGUUGCCCCUAUCGUCGAGUACUUCGAUACCAUUGCAUUCCUCGAGGUCGGAGCUCAUAGGGCGUUAGAUGGUCCAAUCAGGCAAAUCCUGGCUCAGUCGGC